CCCACGUGGCACAUGCUACUGUAAAGCUAGAGCUAGAGAUGGAGAAGUGUUUAACAAGUGUCGAUUUCUCAGAGUUUGGGCAUGAUAAAAGCUUGGAUAGAGGUGUAGUCAUAGAUGAUAAUGACUCAGGCUCAGAAAGCUGUGAGGAGACCCGGAAAAUGGUGUUGAAACAAAACAGGAAAGGGAAGAAGUCUGGUGGAUUCCAAUCCAUGGGUUUGAGUUAUGCUGUUUUCUCUGCCGUAAUGAAGAAAGGCUACAGAGUGCCCACUCCCAUUCAGAGGAAGUGUAUCCCUGUGAUAAUGGACGGAAAAGAUGUUGUUGCCAUGGCGAGAACAGGAUCAGGGAAGACGGCUGCCUUUCUUGUCCCUCUAUUUGAGAGACUCAAGACCCACUCCUCUAAGAUUGGAGCUAGAGCUCUCAUCUUGUCUCCAACUAGGGAACUGGCUACACAAACUAUGAAGUUCACAAAAGAGCUUGGACGUUUCACUAGUCUUCGAGCAACCCUGGUACUGGGAGGAGACAAGCUGGAGGCUCAGUUUGCCUCCAUGCAUGAGAAUCCAGACAUUAUUAUUGGCACCCCCGGACGCUUUCUCCACUUGGUUGUAGAGAUGGGACUAAAACUGUCUUCGAUUGAGUAUGUGAUUUUCGACGAGGCUGACCGUUUGUUUGAAAUGGGAUUUGCUGAGCAGUUGCUAGGUAUCGUUCAACAGCUUCCUGAAACCAGACAGACCCUCUUGUUUUCUGCCACUCUCCCAAAGCAGCUUGUGGAGUUUGCAAAGGCUGGACUCAAGGACCCCGUGUUGGUUCGACUAGACGUGGACUCUAAACUGAGCGAGCAACUCAAACUUCACUUCCUGGCUACUCGUGCUGAUGAUAAACCAGCUGUCCUCCUCUACCUGUUACGUAAUGUCGUCUCAGCGGGGGAGCAAACUGUUGUGUUUGCAGCCACUAAACACCACGUGGAAUAUCUUAAAGAGCUCCUGACAGCAGCUGGCAUAUCGGCCACUCAUACGUACAGCUCUCUGGACCAGACUGCCCGUAAGAUCAACGUGGCCAAGUUUGUCAACAAGAAAGCCUCUGUCAUGAUUGUCACCGAUCUCGCUGCUAGGGGCAUUGACAUACCUAUGCUGGACAAUGUCGUCAAUUACAACUUCUCGUGCAAGCCAAAGCUGUUUGUUCACAGAGUGGGUCGUGUUGCCAGGGCUGGUCGCAGUGGGUGUGCCUACUCUCUCCUCUCGUCUGAUGAAGUGCCCUACAUGCUGGACCUCCACCUUUUCCUGGGCAGGCCGCUCCAAAUGAGCUCUGCAUCGAAACAGCUUGUAUCUGGUACCUAUGGCAGUGUUCCCCAGUCAAUCAUAGACAGUGAGCAUGACACUCUGAGGAAGCUACACUCCACCUCUCCAGUAGAAUUGGACGAACUCCACAGAAUCUCCACAAAUGCUCAGAAACAGUACGUCAGGUCCCGAACCCAACCAGCCCCAGAGUCAGUGAAGAGAGCUAAAGAUCUCGUUCCGUCGGUGUUGCCUGCCCACCCAAUGUUUGAGCAGCUGUGCUCUCAGGAGGACAUGGCCAGUAGUCGCCUUCUGGACUCACUCAAAUCAUAUAGACCAAAUCAGACCAUAUUUGAGAUACACUCGACCAGUAAAACCACAGCUAAGCAGGUCAUGAAGACUAAAAGGAAAUACCAUGGUGAAGUACUAAGUGCUGUUAGACAGAAGACGGGUCAAUCUUCAUCUGAAGCAGCUGCUUCCACUGAUGGUGACGCUGCCGAUAGUGGUGAGCUCCGAUUAGAUGAGUCCAGCAAACAGCCGAGUCAUCGUGAUGAGGAGCAUUACUUGAAAUACACUUCGUCUGAUGUCCACUCUGAAAGAGGUCUGUCUCUAGGGUCAAGCUUUCAGAGAGACGCGGAGGGAGCUGCACUAGACUUAGCCGGAGACGACGACCAGACUUCAAAAAAGAAAACCAAUAUCAAGACAUGGGACAGAAAACGUAAGAAGUUUGUUGGGGACAGCAAUCAGCCCAAGAGAGUCAAAACGGAGAGCGGCCAUUGGAUAAAGGCCUCUUACAAGAGCCAUGCCUAUCAGGAGUGGAAGGACAGAUACAAGCUAGACACACCUCUAGCAGGAGCUGAAGAAGACACACAGGCAAUCUCGCUCAAGAAACCCUCUAGAGGAAGAAAGGGACGAUUUGCAGAAGCUGAGGAAGAUACACAGUUUAAGAAACCUUCUCGAGGAAGAAAGGGACGAUUUGGGACAAGUAAAGUAGAAAAAGAAGGCAAAGGAACAGUUGGUGGCCUCAGGUCUAAAGGAGAGAUACUAAAGAAGCGAAAAAUGAAGAACAUGCAAGAAAUGGCUCGAAAGCGAAAGUCUAAGAAGCAAUCAGCUGGCAGUAGUAAACAAAAGUGAUUAAGUCACAUGACUUUUUGUUACAAUUAUGUCAUGCACAUGUACAUGUACGUGUCACAUGCUGUUGUACGAACUGUUUUGUGCAAAUUAAAUUUAUGAUGAACAUUGAACAUUGAGUGUGAAUAUCAUACAUGUGUCAUGCAUCAUAAUGUUUGUCAAGAGUUCUUUGAUAAUCUGA